AUGGUGGGUCUGACCCUCAAGGCGAAGCUCCUCAGCUUAGCUCUUGGUGCCGGGGAAAGCCCUGGCUGGCAGCGAGGUGCCAGCGGCUCUGCUCUGGGCUGGCAGGAGGUGAGCAGGUACCGCCUGGCACUGAAGCGGAUGGCAGGGGACCUCCUGUCCCUGCGCCAGCACGUCACCAGCCUGGAGGUGGAGAAUGGGCACCUGAGGCACAGCCUGGCCUUGCAGGAGGAGCUGGGCCAUUCUCUGCUCACUGACGUGGACCCGGACGUCAUGACCCGGGAUGAGCUGCUGGACAGGCUUGACACCCUCAAGCACAAGCUGGUUGCCAGCGCAGCAGAGAUGAGGAGACUGAAGGACCGCGUCCAGCAGCUGCAGAAUGAGCUGAUCCGGAAGAACGACCUGGAAAAGGAUCUGGUGAUGCUCCAGCAAGCCCACAAGCAGCAGCAAGUGGUGCUGAGGAGGUGCCAGGAGAAGGUGGCCAAGACGAAGGGCUUGGAGGAGACGGUGCGGCAGCAGGAGAAGGUGAUCAAGGCAAUGGAGCAGAUGCUGCAGGAAAAGCUGACCGAGGCAGGCAGGAGCUCUGAAAAGCUGCCUGGUCAAGCCCUCUCCGGGGAGGCAUACACCGCACUGCUGGCCGAGAACCGCAGGCUGCGGGAGGAGCUGGCGAGGCUCCCCCGUCCCUCACUCCCCAUCGCCCCACGGCCCCCAGCCUUGUUGGGCAAUUUUGGGGGUGCGGAGAAGCUGUCGCUGCUGGCCAGGCUGGAGGAGGCACAAGCCCAUGGGCGGGUGCUGGAGAGGCAGCUGGAGGAGGCGGCAAGGAGGUGGGGACAGGAGAAGCAGGAGCUGGGCACACGGCUGCUGGAGAAGGAGUACGGCUUCCCCCAUGCCCUGGCCUUGCAGAACCUGCCUGUGAUCCCCACGCCUCCUUGA